AGCGAGGAGAAAUCGAACUCGGCCAUGAGCCUUAGGCGCAUGCGUACUUCCGUCGAGCAGCAGCAGUGAGCGGCACCAUCAUGGCAGAAGUGACAGCGGCGGACGGGGAAAAACUCAGCAAAAAGUUUGUCUGCUGAAUUUUGUAGCCAGCAUGCUGUCUGUGGUCAGAGUAGCCCGACAGCAGCUGUGCCAAGCCUUUGGGGUCAAUGGGCAAUGGUUAAAAUAUGCAGUCCCAUGUGCAACUGCAGGGCCCGCUCAAAUCUGUGGGAAUCGAUGGAAAUGUGACAGAAGUGAGUUGAAGAGGCGAAUGAAAGCUGAGAAAAAGGCAGCUGAGAAAGAGGCUAAAAUCAAGGAAAACGUGGAACAAAAGAAGGAAACUAACAAUGACGCCCAUAAUUUGUUGGAUGAAGAAUCACUGGACCCAAAUCAAUACUUCAAGAUUCGCACUCAAGCAAUCCAGGCACUAAAGGGCACUGAAGAGGACCCAUAUCCUCACAAGUAUCAUGUAGACUUGUCUCUCACUGAGUUCAUUGAAAAAUAUAACCAUCUGCAACCAGGGGACCAGCUGUCUGAUGUUGUCCUGAAUGUAUCUGGCCGAGUCCAUGCUAAGAGAGCAUCAGGUGCUAAACUGCUUUUCUAUGAUCUACGAGGGGAAGGGGUGAAGCUGCAAGUUAUGGCAAACUCAAGAAACUACAAGUCCGAAGAGGACUUUGUUGCUAUUAACAACAAGCUUCGGCGUGGCGACAUCAUUGGUGUUCGUGGGAAUCCAGGAAAAACCAAAAAAGGGGAGUUGAGCAUCGUUCCCAUUGAAAUGACUCUGCUGUCACCGUGCUUACACAUGUUGCCUCACCUUCACUUUGGCCUCAAAGACAAGGAAACACGAUUCCGUCAGCGCUAUUUGGAUUUGAUCUUGAAUGACUAUGUUAGGCAGAAGUUUUUAACGCGUGCCAAGAUUAUUACUUAUCUGCGCAGCUUUCUGGACCAGAUGGGAUUUUUAGAGAUUGAGACCCCAAUGAUGAACCUUAUUCCUGGUGGUGCAGUCGCCCGUCCAUUUGUUACUUACCACAAUGAGCUAGAUAUGAAUCUGUUCAUGAGAAUUGCUCCAGAGUUGUAUCAUAAGAUGCUUGUAGUUGGAGGAAUGGACAGAGUUUAUGAAAUUGGCCGUCAGUUUAGAAAUGAAGGUAUUGAUCUUACCCAUAACCCAGAAUUUACCACCUGUGAGUUCUACAUGGCUUAUGCAGAUUACUACGACCUUAUGGAAAUUACAGAGAAACUCCUCUCAGGAAUGGUGAAGCACAUCACCGGAGGAUACAAAGUAACUUAUCACCCUGAUGGUCCAGAGGGUCAGGCCUUUGAACUUGACUUUACCCCACCAUUCAGAAGAGUGAGCAUGACACAUGAUCUUGAGAAGAUUAUGGGAGUCAAAUUCCCACCUACUGACUCCUACGACUCUGACGAGACACGAAAAUUUUUCGAUGACUUGUGUGCCCAAAAGGGAGUCGAAUGUCCACCACCAAGAACGACAGCACGUCUUCUUGACAAGUUGGUAGGUGAUUUCCUUGAAGUGACGUGCAUCAGCCCAACUUUCAUCUGUGAUCAUCCUCAAAUCAUGAGCCCUCUUGCUAAAUGGCAUAGGUCUCAAAAGGGCUUAACUGAGCGUUUUGAGCUGUUUGUCAUGAAGAAAGAAAUCUGCAAUGCAUACACGGAGUUGAAUGACCCUAUUAGACAGAGAGAGUUGUUUGAGCAGCAAGCCAAGGCUAAAGCUGAGGGUGAUGAUGAAGCCAUGUUUAUAGAUGACAACUUCUGCACUGCACUGGAAUAUGGUCUGCCUCCUACAGCUGGCUGGGGCAUGGGAAUAGAUCGUCUUACCAUGUUCCUCACUGACUCAAACAAUAUCAAGGAGGUGCUGCUCUUCCCUGCUAUGAAGCCAGAUGACAACAAGGUCUCAGGACCUGCAGAGGGCACUUCAGUCUGACACCUCAGCUUCACUGCAACAAGAUCCAACUUUUCCUCACUGAUGGUCAAUAGGAACCGCUGCAGUCUUUGUUUUAUUCAUGUGUAUAUGUCCAGGGUUUAGUUCUUAAAUUUCUUCGAGGGAAGUACACCACAUGGUUAUAACAAUAAUGUCUUUUUAUUAUUAUUUUGACAAAAACUUAAUUGCAAAAUCUCCUGGAUUGUGAACAAAAAAAUCAUUGAUGGUCUGAAAGUAGGGCUUUAUUAUAACACAUGCAAACUUUUUUUAUCGGACUGAAUAUUGCUUUGUCCAAAAUUAAAUAAACGGAUUAUAACUUUA